AUGGCCGAAUCUCCAAGCCGCCAACUCCACCUGACAGCUUUCAUGCGGCCAGUGUCCCUGCACACAGGAGCAUGGCGCUAUCCAGGCUCGUACCCUGAUGCAAAUUUCAAUUUCAAACAUAUUGCACAAUUCGCCCAGAAACUCGAAGCUGCUAAAUUCGACGCCUUCUUCAUGGCUGAUCACCUGGCUGUGUUGAACAUGCCCGUCGAGGCCCUCAAGCGCAGCCAUACAGUUACCUCUUUUGAGCCUUUCACUCUUCUCUCUGCACUAUCUUCCGUAACGGAAAAGAUUGGUCUGGCUGCAACGGCUAGUACGACGUACGAUGCACCGUACCAUGUUGCCCGGCGAUUCGCCAGUCUGGAUCAUCUGAGCGGCGGACGGGCAGCGUGGAAUAUCGUCACUACCGGAAACCCGGAAUCAAGCCAUAACUUUGGUUUCGAUGAGCAUUUAGCUCAUGGUGAUCGGUACAAGCGAGCGCGCGAGUUCUAUGAGGUUGUUACCGGGUUAUGGGACAGCUUUGCUGAUGAUGCUUUUACCCGGAAUGUUGAGACGGGCGAGUACUUUGAUCCGGAAAGAUUGCAUGUUUUGAAUCAUUCUGGGGAUGAAUUGAAAGUUCGCGGUCCUUUGAAUAUCGCUAGGCCGCCGCAGGGGUGGCCUGUUAUUGUCCAGGCUGGACAGAGUGAGCCUGGGCGACAGCUUGCGGCUGAAACGGCGGAGGUCGUAUUUUGCAGCCCGAAAGAUAUUGAUAGUGCGAAGGCGCUUUAUGCAGAUAUCAAGGGGCGCGUUGAGAAGGCAGGUCGGAAGAGAGAUCAGUUGAAGAUUUUGCCUGCGGCUAUGAUUAUUGUUGGCGAUAGUAAGCAAGAUGCGCAGGAGAAGAGACUUAAGCUGGAUAGCUUGGUGCAUUAUGAUAGUGCAAUCGCUUCUUUGUCUAUUGCUCUCGGUACGGAUGUUAGUGGCCUUGACCCGGACAGUCUGUUGCCGGAUGAUCUGCCCGAAACAAAUGCGAGCAAAACAAGCAGAGAAGCUGUUGAGAAAUUGGCCAAGAAAGAAGGACUGACUAUUCGUCAAAUUGCGCAAAGGUAUGGCGGAUACUCUGGUUUGACAUUCCUCGGAUCGCCGAGUGAUAUUGCAGAGGAGAUGGAAAUUUGGUUGCGAGAGGAAGCCUCCGAUGGGUUCACUUGCACGUUCCCCUUCUUGCCUCAGGGCUUGGAAGAGGUGACGGACAGAUUGAUACCGGAGCUGCAACGGAGAGGCCUCUUCCGCAAGGAGUACACCGGUUCGACACUGCGUGAACACUUUGGCCUGGCGAGACCGGACAAUCGUUUCUUUAGCGAGACAUCGUGA